AUGGAUGAUGAACAUUUCUAUGAGAUGAAAUCUGGUCAUGGUCUUUCACAUGAUCCAUUUAAAGCUAUCGUAGCACCACGUCCUAUUGGCUGGAUAUCAACACGAUCACCUGAGGGUCGUGCAAAUCUUGCUCCAUACUCAUUCUUUAAUGCAUUAGGAGAAAGUCCACAUAUUGUCGGCUUCUCAUCGUAUGGUUACAAAGAUACGGUGACAAAUGUGGAGAAAACCAAAGAAUUCGUGUUUAAUUUAGCAACACGGGAGUUAGCAGAAAAAGUGAAUAUCACAUCGUAUGCAGCACCCUACGGAAUCAACGAAAUGCAACUUGCAGGGCUGGAAGCAGUACCUUCUCGCCUUGUUAAUGUACCACGCGUACGAGAUUCACCAGCUGCAUUCGAGUGUCGUCUUCUGUCUGUGACUCAUCUACAUGAUAUAGAUGGAAAUCCUACAAAAAGUUACUUAGUCUUAGGUCAAAUCGUUGCUGUGCAUAUCAAACGAAAGUUUAUUACACCAGAAGGACUUUUUGACACAGCUGCUGCGUGUCCUAUUGCUCGAUGUGGUUAUCUAGGUGAUUAUACAGAUGUCAAUCAUUUAUUUUACAUGCGUCGUCCAGCCGAUGAUAAUGCUGAAUUAGUGGAAGCUGUCAAGCAGCUCAAUGAAAAAGAUCAACAAUAA